UUUAGUAUUUGCUCCACUCUCUUUCCCUCUCUUGGAAUUCAAGCGAGCGAACGGAACGGAACGGAGAGAGCGCCGCCUCCUUCCCGAGCCAACCACCGGAGCCCUCCCAGAGCGCCGCCUCUAGGGUUCCAAGCCGCCGCCGCUACUGCCGGCCCUCCGCCGCGCCGCGCCCAACCGGCCGAACCCUCCUCCAGCAGCGCCUCCCUCCCUCCCUUCCUGGAGCAACAGCCUCCCGGAGCUUCGCCGCCGACCAGUCCAUAGGCAGCAGGGCAUCGGCAUUGUCAAUUGGAGAACAAGAACACAUCAGUUCUAGAAGCUUGCAGAACCCUUGCCCGCACGGAUGGAGAGCCGAAAGAAUGCCGGCGUCAAGAAGAGGAAGCUUCCGAACGAUGGGACGGUGCAGGAGCAGUGGCCUUCUACGGAGGAGAUGCGCCAAGCCGUGAAGGAGAUGAGAAGUGAGCUCCUGAACCUCCGGGACGACAACAAGCAGCUCCGUGAAGAUCUCCUUGGCAAGGAACUGCAGCUUGUGAAGACACGGACACUUCUAGUUGACAUGGAGCACAAGCUUUCGAACACCCAGACACUUCUAAAAGACAUGGAGCAUAAGCUUUCAAACACCCAGACACUUCUAGAUGACAUUGCGGCCCAGAAACUUGCUGACACACAGGAGUUCGAAACUGAAAUUUUGAGGCUUAAGUGUCUCUUGGCUGAGAAGAAUGACACAAAUAAUUAUGCACUUGUAGUUUCACCUGAGGAAAUACAGAAGCAAACUCCAGUUUCACCUGCAAGGACACCAGUGUCAAACAGAACGAAUACAGAGGACUGCUGUAGAAGAGGUGUUUGCAGCUCAGGGAGUGGGACAGAUGAAAGUUCUCGUUCUUGUGUGUAUCAUAUGCUGGUUGAAUCUUUAGUUGGCAUGAAGUUCACACUGAAGGAUGAAACAGAAGGACUCUCAGUUGCAAUCUAUCAUGAAGCUACUGUUAUUGCAGGUUAUGAUUUCAGCCUUACAUGGUUGGAGCAACCUGAUGGUGGUGAAUGGGUCUACAACUGGUCUUCGCUGGGCACCCUGGAGGUGAAUUCAGCGAAGAAGUGGGUGACUACGCAGGGCGUACGGUUCAGCAUGGACAUGUUCAGUAUGUUCUUCAACCGGAUAUCGAGCCUCAUCAAGCGAGGCCGAUGAAUGAUCGUCGUGAUUUGAUAUUGUAAGCUCUAGAUAGACGUGACAUGACUGAAACCUGAUUGACUGUUGGCAGAAGGAACUGUCCGUGACAUGACUGAAACCUGAUUGACUGUUGGCAGAAGGAACUGUCCUUGGUAUUUUGGUUUCGGUCUGUUCCUAUAGCUACUGAAUCUUGGGACCUGUACUGCAUGGUUAAUGAGCAUGGCAAGACCGUUGCUGAUAUCUGGGAUGGCCAACGGAUCAGGCGCACCGUAACGAUGAGUUGAUGCAACAGUGGCCUGAGUUGGGAAGUAUUGCUCAGAACAUCUUGUUUGCUUACUGCCGAUGAAGACCGGAUUGUUUGUCGAUGUGCGGAUAGUGAUUGUUUUCUCUUGUACUAGUUCUCUUCAUAAGAUUAUUAUCGAUUUCAGGGUGGUCACCUCGGCUUCUCAUUUUUUUUUUUCGUUUGAAAUAACCAAAAAGAAAAAAAAAGAAGAGAAUAUCUGAACAUGGAAGUUAGAAGGCUUCUCAUAUUACAGCAUGGCCAGACGCAAACACCUCUUCCAGCAGUACAUCAUGGAAAUUCAUUUUGUUAUUCUACAAACAUUUGGAAAUAUUUUCAGCAUAAAACAGCAUCUGCUGUUAGGCUUUA